AUGGUCGGAGGUAAAGAUUGGGAAGAACACAAUCGGAACCUGGAAACACUAUUCGAACGACUCACAAUCCACAACAUAACGCUUCGAAAGGAGAAAUGUGAAUUCGGUCGAACAUCGCUAGAAUUCCAUGGUCAUUACUUCACCAGCGAAGGGCUGAGACCAAGUCCUAACAAGAUCAGAGCCAUCCAGGAAAUGGAAAGACCGAAAAGUAAAGAAGAGUUGGUAUCGUUUAUCCAAAUGAUGACAUAUCUGUCCCGAUUCAUCGAAAAUUUCUCCAGCAGGUCAGAACCACUUAGGCGGAUAACGAGCAACGAAAUGGAAUCAAGAGCAACAGAUGACGUUCGAUGA